ACUACUCCGGAGCUCCUCUUGCCUCUGCCAAUGGAGAAAGAGAACCAUAUGGAGGAGCAGAAGCAGAUCCUGGAACAAGUGUUUGGAGAGUCAUCAGAAAGCGAAGAAGAUGAACAGCGAUAUUUCGUAGAUUCAAUGGAUUGUGUGCGUACGGAGGAGGAGGAGGAGCAGAAGCAGAUUCUGAUUGACGCGUCUGGCGAACUACCAGACAACCAAGAAGAUAAGCAUAGGCAUUUCGGAGAUGCCGCAGACUGUAAUCAGCCGGGGACACCGAGCAAGAGAGUUCCUAUUUGGCAUCGGAUUGAAGAGGUCAAUGGGCUAUGGUUGUGCAGAGAAUUCCUUUCCCCGGAGCAACAAUCUUCGUUGCUAUCUGCUAUUGAAAACGAAGGAUGGUUCACCCAGCCCUCUCAUAAUCAGGCCAUGGGCUUUGGAAAUCUUCCAUUGUGGGCAACUGAACUCUCAGCAUAUAUUCGCGAAGUGGUUUGGUUGAGCAAGUAUGUCUUUGAGUGUGAGGAUGGCCAAGAAUAUUGUCCCUUGCCGUCAGACUUGUUGUGGCGAGAGCCACUUUUUGAUCAAUUAAUUGUAAAUGUAUAUCAACCUGGUGAGGGUAUAUGUGGGCAUGUGGACCUCAUGCGUUUCGAUGAUGGAAUCGCUAUCACUUCCCUGGAAUCUGCAUGUGUGAUGCACUUCACGCGUGUCAAAACAGAAGACGUUGAAUGUGAAGAGAGAGGAGAUGCUCCUAUCACAAAGAUCCCUGUUUAUUUGAACCCAGGUUCUCUAGUUCUUAUGUGGGGAGAAGCUCGCUACAUUUGGAAACAUGAGAUAAACCGCAAGCUGGGGUUUCAAGUGUGGGAAGAGCAAGAAAUAUGCCAAAAGAAAAGAACCUCCAUUACAUUGAGGAAGCUUUGCCCAACAGGUCAGGAUCUUUAAGUCAUAAAUAUAAUACAGUUGACAUGAAUUGGGUAAGUUGGUAUCUCUCACUACUCUUUGGCUUCACCCGAUAUGGGAUAGGAAGGGUGCAGCCCACUUGAGAGCAAAGCAAGCGCAAAUGGUUUUGUUUGACCUUAUAUGGAGGCAGCAAGAUUUUAUCCUGUGAUUUGGGUGAUUUUAGGUAGAUCUAUUAGAAGUGAUCCAACUAGAUUAUGUUUUAGGGUGCCUCCUGUUUCCCCUAAUAUUUGAGGUGGUUAUCUUCUGUUUCGAAGUUGUGUUAGUAAUGUCGUUGAUGCUAACAUGCUGAACCUAUCACAGCCAGGUGGUCAAGCAGGUAUUCUGGCUAGAUGGUGGGGGCCCAUUAUCCAAUGAAGAAAAAUACAUGAAUAGAAUGUUACCCAUUAAUACUUUAUUUCAGGGUGGAACUUAAUAUCACUCAGCUAUUAGCUGGUAUGGUUUACCACAUGCCCCUUUUAUUUGAGGAAGAAUAAUUAUUAUUGAUACAUCAGUCUAGAGCUUCUUUUGAAAUCAAAUGAUUGGAGAAGGCACACUUCUGUAUUCUCUGGUUAAAAUCUAUAAUGUACAAGUUUGCUGAUGAUCA